CGCGCGCACGGCGUACCCACCUAUUGCAGGUCGACCACGCUUCGACAUCGCUAGCCUUGAUGUGGCUCCUGAGCUUGCUGGCUGCUUUCAGCCUGCCGUCGCCGCCCGCCGCCUCUCGCCGCCAGCUCCUGAGUCGGGCUGCUGCCUCUCUGCCGGCACCCGCAGCACUAGCGUUCGCCGCAGAGGCGCCGUCGUCCGUCCGCGUCAAGGGUGCGGCGGAGAUGGACCUCGAGUUUUACGCCCGCGGCCUGCUCGGCUCGGGCGGCGCUCCGAGAUCGGCUCCGCCUCCGCCGCCGUUGGCGGCGCGCCAGCUGGACGCGGCGCUGGCCAAGCGCUUGCUGGACGCUGCCGCCGCGGGCAUCGCGCCCUCUGUGAGCGCGCCGAGCGCCGCCAAGCUGCGUCAGGCCGCGGGUGCGCGCCGCCAAGCCCUCGCAAUCGAGUACGAUCGCGCGCUCUUUGCCGGCGCGUUUAGUGCGGCAGGCGGCUACGACACCUCCCUGGGCGGCGCGAGCGCGCUGUCGCAGCCAGAGGCGCUCCAGUACGGCUUUGACCUCUCGGCGCUCGCCCUGUUCACGCUCCUGAGCGAGGCGCGGCUGCCGCGCAAGGAGCUGGCCGCCUGCUACGCGCGUGUGGGCGAGGAGCUGCUCGUGGCGGUGGCGGCGGCCACCCCGGCCCCGCCGCAACAGGCAGCCGGUUCUGCCUCCUCCCUCUCUGAGAUACUCAGGGGCGUGCGCGCGCUGCUCGACGCGCUACAGCGCGGCGGCUACCUCGCCGCCUACGCGAUUGACGACGGCGACGCGGACGAGGGCCUCUGGCAGCAGCGCUCGUCGCUGAGCUCCACGCGGUUGACCGUCACCCUGACCGAUUCUGCCGCCUUGCGAGCCGCGCUGUUGCUCAACGGGCGCGGCGUCUCACCCGAGCUCGCGCGGCCGCUGCUCAGCGCCUUCUUCGCGUCGCGCGGCGCCGAGGUGACCGAGCAGAGCGACUUCUUUCUCGACGGCGAGUACCGCGAGAACCCAAAGGAGUACCGGCCCACCCAGCAGCUGCUCUCAUUCACCAUCGCCCCGAGCGGUGCCCCGAGGUAG